AUGCCGAAGAAGGUGCAUCGCGGCACGCCGCCAUCCGCGGCGGUCUUUGAGGAGGACGUCUUUGAGGACGACCGCGAAGAAGCGGGCGCUCGCCGCCGCCGCGCUCUCGACGAUGACUCUGAGGAGAGCGACGGCGGCCUGGCAGGCGAGGACGAGGAGAUCACCUCGGAUGAGGACGACGACGGGGUCGGCGUCCGGCGGCGUCCGGAUGAUCUGGAGUCUAUGGGCUCAUCGGUCGACCCCGAUGACGUCACAGAUCUCUCACGCAUGCUCUCUGAGAGCGACGGCGAGGGCGCUGGUGGCGGCGGCGCGGCCAAGAAGAAGGCCGCCCGCUCCUCCGAGGGUGCCGCAAUGCUGCAGGCCGUGGGAUUGCGCGCGAGCGGCGCCCGGCGGCCGCGAGAGCGCACCGAGGGCCACGAGGAGGGCGAGCUGUCGAUGCCCGAUGCCCCGCAGCUGAGCGCGGGCUUUGGGCAGCUGCAGCGCGACCUGCAGGGGGUGGCAAAGCAGGGCGCUCGUCGCUCCUCCCACGCGCAGCUGACCGCGCCGCUCGAGCUGAGCGACAAGCGCAGGAUCGAGCGCAAGGCUGCGGCGGAGGCGGCGCACGCCGACGUGUCUGGGUGGGAGGGUGCGGUGCAAAAGCAGGCGGCUGCGGAGUCGCUGAGCUUCCCGCCGGAGCGGCAGCACGUGCACGGCGCGACGCUUGGCUCGCUGACCGCGGGCGCCUCCAAGAACGACCUCGAGCGCGGCGUCGACGAGCUGCUCGAGGCGCAGGGCCUGAGCGAGCGCGCCGUCGCGGCCGCGGAGCGCGAGGCGCUGAGCGGCCUCGACCAGAGCGCCCGCCUCACCCCGCAAGAGGCGGCCAAGCGCAUGGCGGAGAUGAAGAAGAUGCGCGACUUGCUGUUUUACCACGAGGCGAAGGCCAAGCGCGUCGCCAAGAUCAAGUCGCGGUCGUACCGCAAGGUGCACAAGAAGGCAUCCAAGGCGCGGGCGGAGGCGGAGGAGGCGCUGGACAAGCACUCGGCGCAACGCAUGCAGAUGAAGCGCGAGGUGGAGCGUGUGCGCGAGCGCAUGACCCUCAAGCACAAGAACACGUCGCGCUGGGCAAAGCACGCGCUCAAGCAGCAGAAGCACAACCCGGCGCUCGCCCAGGCCGUGCAAGAGCAGCCGGCCGAGCGGGACGCAAAGCUACUGUGGAAGCUGCAGAAUGAGGCUGAGCCGGAGCGGCCGAGCAAGGGCGUGUUUGGCAUGGCCUUCAUGCGCCGUGCGCACGAGCGGCAGCGUAGCGAGGCGCAGCAGAUGCUCGACGAGCUGUCGGCGGACUUGCGCCACGGUUCGGUCGCGGUGCCGGCGUCCGGCGGACGGGGCGACGAGGGCAGCGAUGCUUCCGACGAAGAGGGCACAGCCGGCCGCGACGAGGCGGCGGCGGCGGUCGCGCCACCCGCCGCGCCUCCAGCAGUUGCGCCCGCCCCGCUCCCAGCGCUGUCGACGGCGGGGCAGUUGCGCAAGACGCGAGGCGCGGCGGCGGUCACCGUCGGCGCGAGGCUGCCCAUGGGGAGCGAAGGCCAGGAGGCGGCGGGCAGCCCUGCACUUGCGCGGCCUCGCGCGGACAGAAGAGGCGCCGGCGGGAAGUCGGCGGAGCCGGGCAGCGGUUGGGCAGUGCCCGACAUCGUUUCUCCCGCUGGCCACACGCUGCUGCCGCGCGCGCAAUCGGACCAUUUUGCGGGCGGUGUGGCCGCUGCCGCGCUGGCCCCGCCGGCGGCGGUCCGCGUUGCAGGGCCAGACGAGCAGGGCGAGGCUCGGGCGGAGGGAGCGCCGGCGAGCAAGGGCAAGCGGGGGAGAGCGAGCAAGCGCCGGCGUGGCGCCGUGGCGGGCGAGGCGGACGGUGCUGCCGAGGAGGCGGCGGACGCGGAGGCUGACUUCGGCCACGGCGGGGACGAGCUGGUCGACGGCGCCUCCCUUCUGCUGCCGUGCGCCAGCCAGCGGGCACUCGUCGAGGCCGCUUUCCCGGAGAGCGCGGUCGCGGCCGAGUUCGAGGCGGAGAAGCGGGGCGUCGUCGAGGCGGAAGCCGGCGUGGAGGAGGAGGAGACCCUCCCUGGCUGGGGCGAUUGGGCGGGUCUGGGGGCGCGCGUCGGCAAACGCCAGCUGGAGCGGAAGCGUUCGGCGGCGGAGGCGCGGCGCGAGCAGCUUGAGGCGGCGGCUGCAAGGCGGCAGGACGCGGCGCUGCGCCACGUCAUCGUGUCGGAGAAGCGCGACAAGAAGGCGGCGCGCUUCACGGUCGCGGCUGUGCCCUUCCCCUUCAAGACGCGCGAGCAGUUUGAGCGGAGCAUGCGCAACCCGGUCGGCCUCGAGUGGAACACCGUGGACUCCCACGCGGCGCUGGUCAAGCCGCGCGUCUCCACUGUGCGCGGUGCGGUCAUCGAUCCCAUCGCGCAGCACCGAAAGGCGGAGGGGGGUGGGGGGCGCAAGACCAAGCGACCCCGGGUAUAA